GCAGCGCGGCGGCAGCGGCGAGAGUGAAAGAGGAAACUGCAGAAGAGGAAGCGCCGCCGCAGCCCGAACCCCGGCUCCCGCGCCCGGCAUCCCCGCGCCGCCCCCUCCCCAGCGCGCCCCCGGCCCGCCCUCCGCGCCGCGCUUUCCGUCUGCCAUGGCCCGGGAGAACGGGGAGAGCAGCUCGUCCUGGAAAAAGCAAGCCGAAGACAUCAAGAAGAUCUUCGAGUUCAAGGAGACCCUGGGAACUGGCGCCUUUUCUGAAGUGGUUCUGGCUGAAGAGAAGGCAACUGGAAAACUCUUUGCGGUGAAGUGCAUCCCCAAGAAGGCGCUGAAGGGCAAGGAAAGCAGCAUAGAGAAUGAGAUCGCUGUGCUGAGGAAGAUUAAGCAUGAAAACAUCGUUGCCCUGGAAGACAUUUACGAAAGCCCAAAUCACUUGUACUUGGUCAUGCAACUUGUGUCUGGUGGAGAGCUGUUUGAUCGGAUAGUGGAGAAGGGGUUCUACACCGAGAAGGAUGCCAGCACGCUGAUCCGCCAGGUCUUGGAUGCUGUGUACUAUCUCCACAGAAUGGGCAUCGUCCACAGAGAUCUCAAGCCUGAAAAUCUGUUAUAUUACAGUCAAGAUGAGGAAUCCAAAAUAAUGAUCAGUGACUUUGGAUUAUCCAAAAUGGAGGGCAAAGGAGAUGUGAUGUCCACAGCCUGCGGAACCCCAGGCUAUGUUGCUCCUGAAGUUCUUGCCCAGAAGCCCUACAGCAAAGCCGUUGACUGCUGGUCCAUUGGGGUGAUCGCCUAUAUCUUGCUAUGUGGCUACCCUCCCUUCUACGACGAAAAUGACUCCAAGCUCUUCGAACAGAUCCUCAAGGCUGAAUACGAGUUCGACUCCCCUUACUGGGAUGACAUCUCAGACUCUGCAAAAGACUUCAUUCGGAAUCUGAUGGAGAAAGAUCCAAAUAAAAGGUACACUUGUGAGCAAGCAGCUCGGCACCCAUGGAUCGCUGGUGAUACGGCCCUCAGCAAGAACAUCCACGAGUCCGUCAGUGCCCAGAUCCGGAAGAACUUUGCAAAAAGCAAGUGGAGACAAGCGUUUAACGCCACAGCUGUCGUAAGACACAUGAGAAGACUCCACCUCGGCAGCAGCCUGGACAGUUCAAAUGCAAGUGUUUCGGGCAGCCUCAGUCUGGCCAGCCAAAAAGAUUGUGCGCCUGGUACCUUCCACGCUCUGUAGUUUCAUUUCUUCUUCGUCGGGGGUCUCAGGAGUCGGAGCUGAGCGGAGACCCAGGCCCACCACUGUGACAACAGUGCACACUGGAAGCAAGUGACUGUCCCCGCCACCCCACCUGCCAGAGAGGGGGCGGGGCCAGGGGCAGGGAGCCACUCCAGCCAGACCCCAGCCUGCAUGGUGCGCCUUCCUGCCUAGGACUGGAAGACAGAAGUUUUUUAUGGCCAUAUUUUAUACUGCGACUCUGAAGCGUUCAUUUCUCACAAACUCUACUGACUCAAGGGGAGCUGUUCUCAUAGGACCUGGUGCUGUACAUAGGAAUCCUGCAAAGCUCUAACCGACGGGCCUGCCUCUCUUCUCCCCAGCCGCCCUCCAUCCCACUUGGCUCCGUGUAGGUGACUGUGGUAUAUCCCCUCCCACGCCCGCCAUCAGUGACAUGCACACACACACACAAAGGUUUCAACUGGAUUAUUUAAAUAUUGCUAAAUAUUGUGCGUUAGGGUUCGAUUUUGUUUUUCCUUUUAAGAAGUUUGUCCUUGCCAACCCUAGCUCUCAGUAACCUGACUUCUCUCUAGCUUUGGCACUCUUUAAGGGUAGUUUUGUAUGAUCCUUUAAAGAGAUUUUCCUUUCCUCCCCUCCGAGGGAAAUCUUCAUGGUGUUUUUGGAAUCUGUCUCCAAGGCUGAGAGCACACUUGACUCCUCUUUGUCUUUUUUUCUUGUCCCCCUGCUCUCAUAGAUGUCAUCUCUGUGGUCCUGCAGGGCUCACCUCUCUUCAGGGGAACUUUGGGAGGAAAGCUGCAUGUCAGCACUCCUCCCAGCAGCCCCUCAGGGGAAGACCCCAUCCAGCUCCAGUCCCCAGGGAGGGAGCUCUUGGGCCAUGAUGGGUCAGAAAAAGGCAACCUGCUCCCUUCCCGCCCUUCCCCGUACUCACACACACCAGGCUACACUUCAUAUGUAGGCUGAAGAGCCGCCCAUAAACAGAGACAUAGGAGCUUCCCUUAUAAGCUGCUCACCCACAGCCCUCAUUUCUCAUGAUGGAGGGACAGGUGACAACUCUGAUCUCAGCUAUGCAGUUUUCAAAAUGAAUCUCUUUCUCUCUGUGACUUUUUUUUUUUGUAUAUCCAUUUCUAAUCUUAAAUUCCAAAUGGCCUCCAGCACCCACAGUUACUUCUCCAUAUUUGUAGCCCAGUCUUAUAGGUGUGUUGUUCAAGUGAAGGUAAAAAAGUGAUGUGGAAAGGAGGCUCUUUCUCUGGGAUGGUAAGGAAAGGUGACCUGCUGUGUGGUCAGGACACUAACCACUGCCCAGGUGGCUCUGCAGGCCUAGGGGACUCAACAUCAAAGGUCUGUGGCUAGACAGGACAGCAGAGGCCCCAAGGGUUUCCCAGCAUGCAGUACUGUUAGUGCUACAACCAGAAACUCGGGGGUCAUUGUGGAUCACUGGGUUGGAGAGGUGUGUGGGGAGAGGGAACCAUGCAAGCAGCCUACAGGUGUCAGCUUUGCCAAAGCUGCCCCCAAGUCCUCAUGCCAGUGUGGUACCCUGAGUUACCACUCCACGUGGUCAGCCUCAAACCUGCAAAUCCGGUAGGUGUCUAUACCCAGGAGGUCUGCCUGAUGGCACAGUCACUUUCCAGGCUGUUGUCCUCUGACCCUUCCACAGUAAGCUGCUCGUGGAAGGUUCUGUGAAGCCAUCGUUGUCACCUCCACACCCUUUGCCUAUGUUAAGGCCAGAUGUUUAGGGAUGUACCCCAGUGCUCCCCAACACACACACCCUUUUUGUUACUACCCUCAGCAGUCUACCCUGCCUCUCAGAGCACAUGCAAGAGUAAAUAUGGAAAGGCAGGCAGCUUCGCUACCUUGAUUCAGGCACAUGCAUACCAGGUGAGACAUCAAGCUUUUCCAUUUAUGUAGGAAAAAGCCUGGAAAAUGCCAGCAGACCCAAUCGAGAGGCGAAUGUCACCUGAGUUAGUAUGCAUCCCUGCCCCCAGCACCUUCACAAGGGCUGCGAUGUGGAUAUUAUGAAUGGUACUGGAGGACCUAGGAGCUUCUGCAGGAGGUUGGUAUGACGUUACUACC